AGUGCGAUGAGGCACGCUAUUCAUACUGCCUUUAAGAGUGCUGCAGAGCGUGUGCUACCUGUUCGGAGUGAAUCAGGGUUUAAAACACAUGGGGUGCUCACCCCGGACGAAUUUGUAAGAUCAGGAGACUACUUAGUGAGGACAUGCUCGACGUGGUCGUGGGAAGCCGGUGACCCCGCAAAGUCGAAGGACUGGCUUCCAAAGGACAAGCAGUACCUCGUCACUCGCAAGGUACCCUCGAACAAGCGCGCAAGUGAGCUGGAGCAAUAUGGCAUGCGUGCUGAGGCCAACACGAUGGUGGAGGAUGCGGAGCAAGAUGGUUGGGUAGCACCUCCUGCGACACAGGACACCCGGGACGCAGAGGAGAUCCCCAGCUCCCAUCCCGAGUCUGCUGCAGGUCCUUCCGUCGAGGCCAGAACUAAUCCUGAGGACGACAUUCCUGACAUCGAUGAUCUCGAGCUGGAAGAUGACGAAGCAGAAAAGGACGAGGCAAUGCUGCCUCAGGCCGCAGCAAUCACAAGCCCAGGAGCAGACCAGGACCACAUCAUGCGCACGCGCACGUACGACCUCAUGAUCACGUACGACAAGUACUACCAGGUGCCCCGUUUCUGGCUGGUGGGCUACGAUGAGAAGCGGCAGCCGCUCAAGCCCAACCAGGUAUUGGAGGAUGUGAGCGAGGAACAUGCGCGCAAGACCAUCACUGUGGAUCCCUUCCCAAACACGGGCGUGCUGGCUGCUUCAAUUCACCCCUGCAAGCAUGCAUCUGUAAUGAAGAAGCUGGCCAGUAUGGCUGAGGCCAGUGGCAAGCCAUUUCAAGUGGACAGUUACCUGGUCCUCUUCCUGAAGUUCAUUGCUUCUGUCAUCCCCACAAUUGAGUAUGACUACACCAUGGCAGCUGGUUGGUGA